AUGGUGUAUGUGCUCUCUGAAAAGUGGGUUCUCGCCCUACAAGACGGUUCUAAAUGGGCCGUUCAUGUCUUGUCAAAUGGAAUCUUGCCUGGUCUCUCAUUUGCCAAUGUGUGCCUCAUUUCUCAAUCUCAGUGGUCUGGCACAACACAAGCUGGUAAAUUGCCUAAGGACUCGCUCGGUGAUGGCCUAUACGAUAGUUUCAUCGGAAACUGGAUCACGAGCAUCACUCUCGUGGCAGAGGUAAGCUCCCAAAUCGGCACGUACUCUCUGAAAUAUGAAAAUGGUGGCAAUCAGGCCCUGGCCCCACUGAUCUUCGCCCUGCCACAUCACGUUGCGUCACUCGCGCCAGGAAUACAGUCUGCAGGCAUUAAACUGCAUUCUGGAAUGCAUGGCGUGGCGAGCGGGUAUCAGUCUUAUGUUUUGAAGUUGAUUGAGCCUUCGUUACCCUCAGAUAUUGGCUUUCUUGUCGACGAUGAUCGAGCCAUCUGGAAUAAUGUCAAUUUGUUCGCCAUCAAGAAAGCUGUCACGCCGGACAUCCUGAGAUCGGACUUCCUCGGCUGCAAUACGUACUCCACAUACUUCAACGGGAAGUGCCUCGCGAAGUCAGCACGAUUGUGCUUGGUCGCGAGAGAUGUCGUGCAAGAUGAAGAUCUUUUCAACAAUUGCAUAGCUCAGUUGGAGGCGGUCAUGGACGUCUUUGCUGACAACGCCCAUUACACGACAUUUGAUUACGAUCCAAAUUGGAAAGGCAUCGUGGCAGACGCUGGGUACACAACAUCAGGCGCUGAUUUCGGCGGCACUGAUUAUAACGAUCAUCAUUUUCACUAUGGCUACAUUAUCUACGCUGCAGCAGUCCUGACUCAUCUAGAUCCAACUUGGGCUGGCUUGACAAGGCUCUCGGCCUUAACUGAAAAUUUGAUUCGGGGUUGUGCGAAUCCUUCUGAAGAAGAUCAAAUUUUCCCUCAAUUCCGCAGCAUGGACUGGUAUGUUGGUCAUUCUAUUGCACAUGGUGUUGCUACGGAUUUCGCGGACGGAAAAGACGAGGAAUCCUCUUCCGAGGAUUACAACUUGGCAUACGCCAUUCAGCUCUAUGGUAAAGCGACACAGAAUGCUCAGCUGCAGGCGCUUGGAGCUCUGAUGGGCGCUGUAAAAGCCCGGAGCGUUCAGUCAUACAUGCUCUUGGGCCCAGACAAUAUCGUCCAGCCGAGUAUGUAUAACCCAAAUUACGUGUCGGGAAUUCAUUUCGCCAACAAGAUGGCGCACAUCAUAUUCUUCGGCGGCCAAACGCAAUAUGUUCACGGCAUACAUUUGGUCAUCACCGCUACCGCUUACGCCGAUGUCAGCUUAUGUGAGGAAGGCAUCUUUCGUCGGAAACGAAUGGAAUGA